GUCAGGUUUCUCAUCUCUUAGUCGAAAAAAGCCCUUAGAAAUUCCAGAUACAAAUCUGACACGUCGUUGUUAAACGCUGUCGACCCUAAGGGUCACCCUGAACAUGUUGAUUAUACAUCUUAGAUGUCUUUCGGACUACGUUUAAAACUCAGUGAUGAAUUAUUCGCGGUCCGAGGCGUAUAAAGGCGCCUCGACUUGCACCACUCAAAUCAUCAACAUCCUCUCCUCUCAGCAAUGGCCUCGAAGUCCAGCAUUCAAUUCUCCACCAAAGGUGUUAUCUCAUCGACCAGUGUUCUCAUGAUGGCCACCUCCCCCCGAUCGUGGAUCGCCUCAUUUGCUCGCCAAUCGAUUCUGUCAGCGCUUACGAGCGCCAUCUCGUCUGGAUACCUCAUCGUUGAUGAUGCUGAAGGAUCUCAUACUUAUGGUUCCAACAAGAAAGGUUGCAACCUCGUUCACAUUAAAGUCAUAAGCGACAACUUUUGGCUGCGCCUCAUGCUCUCCGGUGAUCUAGGCUUCAGCGAAGCGUACAUGAUAGGCGAGAUCGAACUUCCCGACCUAAGAGCAGCCAUGAACUUAUGGCUCGAUAACCAGUCCGCAAUGGAAGACACCUUAUCAUCUACGUACACACGCAUCACCUCGACCCUGUCAAGUUUCUACAAUUCCUUCCUUGGCCAGACAAAAAGUAACGCACGCCUCAACGUGAUCGCAUCAUACGAUCAGUCGAAUGAGCUCUUCAAAGCCUUCCUUUCAUCAGAAAUGAUGUAUUCAUGUGCGCUUUGGGACGAGUCUGAGGGCGGUGUCCGAGGCGACCUUGAAAUCGGUCCUACUCCUGGUGACCUCGAGGCCGCCCAGCGGAGAAAAAUCCACCAUGUCCUUCGUCAAGCUCGUCUAAAGCCAGGACACCGUGUCCUUGAAUUCGGUUCGGGAUGGGGAGGGCUCGCCAUCGAGGCGGCUGGCACAUUUGGAUGCGCAGUAGAUACUCUCACGCUCUCCAUCGAGCAGAAGACGCUCGCCGAGGAAAGGAUCGCAGCUGCUGGUCUUUCCGAUAAAAUACGCGUCCAUCUCCUCGAUUAUCGGGACAUACCAUCGGAGUGGGAAAAUGCGUUUGACGCCUUUGUGUCCGUAGAGAUGCUUGAACACGUUGGAUCAAAGCACUACGGAAACUAUUUCCGACUCGUUUCGUUCGCCCUGAAGCCGCACAAUGCGACGGCUGUAGUUUCCGCUUCCACUUUCCCCGAAUCACGGUACACUUCAUAUCAAGCUGAAGACUUCAUGCGCAAGUACAUGUGGCCGAAUUCAUGUCUUCCCUCGGCAUCAGCCCUGAUUCAGGCGGCCUCUCCCUACUUUAACCUGGAAGGGGUCGAGAACCACGCUGCACACUAUCCACGGACCCUCCGAGAGUGGGGAAGGCGGCUGGAGAAGAAUUUGACUCAGGAAUUGGUGGCAAAGGACUAUCCCGGUCUGAAUGACAAGCACUCUUACGAGGCAUUCAAGCGGAAAUGGAUGUACCUUUUCGCUUACGCUGGAGCUGGCUUCGCGAAGGGUUACAUUACAUGCCACAUGCUGACGUUCAUGCGAGAGAAUGAUGCGCCUGAGAUGUGCGACUGAGUACAUAUUGGCACCUUUCGUAUCCUCACGCAACUGGUUUUUUUCGGACAUGGACUCGGAGUAGUAAGAUAUCGUUAUUCUCGCUUAUUUAUUUCAAAAGUUGGAAGGCAUAAUGGAAAAGUCUACUGUAUAAUACUGUAAUGGUAUCGGAGCGCUAAUAAUGCUAUCAAUAAGAAUCUAUUCUAACCCUCCC